CUCCCGACUCCCAGUAUGCCCCGCGCUCGUAAGGGCAACGCGCCCCGCAAGGGCGGCCAGCGUCGUGGAGGAGGUGCCCGGAGCAGUACCCAAGCUGACUCAGGAACCAGUGAGGAUGAGGCAGCCAGCGAAGCCCGCAGCACUACCAGUGAAUGCCCCAGCCUUCUCAGCACCACCGCAGAGGACAGCCUGGGGGGAGAUGUUGUGGAUGAGCUGAGCCAGCAGGAAGAACUUGAAGAAAAACUGAAGGAAUAUGUGGACUGCCUUACAGACAAGAGUGCCAAGAUCCGGCAAGGAGCUCUGGAGAGCCUGCGCCUUUCCCUGGCCUCACGCCUACUCCCUGACUUCUUGCUAGAGCGUCGCCUCACACUAGCCGAUGCGCUGGAAAAGUGCCUCAAGAAAGGGAAGAGCGAGGAACAGGCCUUGGCUGCUGCCGUGCUUGGCCUGCUCUGUGUGCAGCUGGGCCCUGGACCCAAGGGAGAAGAGCUGUUCCACAGCCUGCAGCCCCUGUUGGUCUCAGUGCUCAGUGAUAGCACAGCUAGCCCUACUGCCCGGCUCCAUUGUGCUUCUGCUCUUGGCUUGGGCUGCUAUGUGGCUGCUGCUGACAUCCAGGACCUGGUUUCUUGCCUUGCCUGCUUAGAAGGUGUUUUCAGCCGGUCCUGUGGCACAAGUGGCUCCACAGCUGCUGUGGUCCCUGCCAGCCUGCAUGGCCUGCUCUGUGCUGCCCUGCAGGCCUGGGCAUUGUUGCUCACUAUCUGCCCCAGCACCCACAUCAACCACAUCCUUGACAGGCAGCUGCCCCAGCUGCCCCAGCUUUUGUCCAGUGAAAGUGUGAACCUACGGAUCGCUGCUGGUGAAACCAUCGCACUGCUGUUUGAACUUGCCAGGGACCUUGAGGAAGACUUUGUUUACGAGGAUAUGGAGGCCCUCUGCAGUGCUCUGCGCACUCUGGCCACUGACAGCAACAAGUACCGAGCCAAGGCCGACCGCCGGCGCCAGCGUUCUACUUUUCGUGCUGUGCUGCACUUUGUUGAGGGUGGUGAGUGUGAGGAAGAGACAAUCCGCUUUGGACUUGAAGUGCUCUACGUGGACAGCUGGGCUCGGCACAGAAUCUACGCUGCCUUCAAGGACGUGCUGGGUUCGGGCAUGCACCACCACCUCCAGAACAACGAGCUUCUUCGUGACAUCUUUGGCCUAGGCCCUGUGCUGGUGCUGGAUGCCACUACUCUGAAGGCCUGCAAAAUUUCACGCUUUGAGAAGCACCUGUACAAUGCUGCUGCCUUCAAAGCCCGGACCAAGGCCCGCAGCCGUACUCGGGACAAGCGGGCAGACGUCGUGUGAAGUAGACCAGCCAGAGAGAAGACUGUCCACACCCUUGUAUAUUUUUAACAGAAGACAGUGCAAGAACUGGUCUCUGCCAGUGAUUGUCACUCUAUUUUUUUAAUGAUAAAACCAAAAACAAACAGGGUAGUAGGAUGGAGGUCAGAACACUUAAGGAACCUGGCUGUUUGUCCCUGCACUCAGCCCUGUGGCCUCUUUCUGCCCUGUCUCAGGGUACCCAAAUGUGUGCCUGUCCCAGGGCUGAGGGGCAGGUGGUAGGGGGCUGUCCCUUCCUUUUCUUUGUUAGGCCUUACUUUCCUGGGGUGACUUCUUUGGGAGAUUGGCCUCUGGACAAAUGCCUUCAUAGUAAGUGGGAGGCAAAGCUACCUGUAAUGGAAUCGUGUGCUGAUUUUUAAAGAUUACAGGAGAUAAUUAAACCGAAUGCUCAGUCUUCUGUAGUCUUGACUCCUGGGUAUUUCUACCUGCCUACCUCCUGUCUUCCCACCAUGGGCCUACCUGAGACUUCCCCCACCACCACCCAAUCUCA